AUGGGUCACCAAGGUUAUGUGAAUAUGGACGGGCCGCUCGAUGAGAAAAAUUCGAUCACAACUUACAUGGAGUCAAGAAGGCACUAUCAACAACAAAUGGCUCAUCAACAUCAACAGGGACAGGCUCAAACUAAUCAUUCAGAACCGAUGAGAAAUACCCGCUCAACCGCAGCUCUCUAUGAUCCCUACAGCCGACCCAGCAGCACGCUCAGUAUGACACCAUCAGAAGCCGCUGAAAGCCAACGUGGACGCGCAAUACGAACCACCAGCAACACGAAUAUGGCUCGCUAUGCACGUGCUUACCGAGAGGCAAAAAAGCAAGAGACCAAACAGUUUGAGAUACGAUGCAAGGAACUAGAUGGUGAAGUUGAAGAAAUGGCCUCGAUCAUCAAACGGCUUGAGGAAGAAAAUGAGAGAAUCAUUACCGAGAAUCUCAUGUUGAAAAGAGUGAUCAAAUACGACUCAAAACUUGCCCCAAUCUUGGCCCGAGUCACCGGACAAUCGUGCAGUUCCUCUACCGAUGCCCCUCCCCUUGAUGUGGGUUUGUGUCUACACGUGGGCGGUUGUGGGCCAACGAUUGAAUUCUGUCAACGAUGUAACGAGUCAGCGGCCUCUUCAUUCUCGAAUCUCCCCUCUCCAACUUCCGCUCAAUCCCUUCGCGGUCGUUCCACCAACGAUCCGAUGUUUCCCCAGACAGAGCUCUUCGGCGGCGAUUUCUCGGCAAUCGAACCUGCACUCAUGAAGAGCGAUGCCUCUCGAGUCGCGUCAUCACCCACAUAUUGUUGUGUGGGGAUGAAAAUCCAAGGAUCCCAUCCUCUGUCCGGGUUCUCCCAUCCCCGGUUAUUGGUGGAGGAGGCGAGU